ACAACAUAAGCUCCUCUAAUAUGACGCACAGUAGACUAACGUUGCGCAGUUUCACCUCUCACGUGAUUAACUCGUUUGCCGGUGAGUUGAAGAGAGCGACCGACGGGAACUACAUUUCUGCUAACUGUUUUACUCUUCUAUUUUUGCAUUAUUUUUUUAUUAAGUCGACCUACGCAGAGUUUGUGGUUAAUAUGUGAUAGAAACUGCACAGCAAAACGGCCAAAUCGUAGCAUACCCGACGAUUCGCGUUGUUCAGAAGCUAACUCGUUUAAUUUAUAUUGGGUAGUAUACAAAUAUAUUAUAAUUGUGCCACGCCGUCUUAUAAUGCUCUCGAAUACCGAAAAAGAGCUGAUUGUACAGAUAUGGGACAAAAUGAUUCCAGUGGCGGAAGAAAUUGGAUCUGAGGCUCUUUUAAGAAUGUUCACAACGUUCCCCAAAACAAAGACAUACUUCUCUCAUCUAGAUAUCAGCGCCAGUUCCGAGCAUUUGCGCUGCCACGGGAAGAAAAUCGUCCAGGCUUUAGCCGACGGUGCGAGGAACAUAAGCACACUUGCUACUACGUUGGCACCACUAAGCAGGUUCCAUGCCUAUCAACUGCGAAUACAUCCUACAAACUUCAAGCUUUUCAAUCAUUGCAUCAUUGUGACGUUAGCCUGCCAUAUGGGUGACAACUUCACACCAGUUGCACACGCGGCGAUAGACAAGUUUCUAUCGGCUUUCUCAGCUGUUUUAGCCGAGAAGUUCCGAUGAAGAGCCUCCGAAGAAGGAUGGAAUGGUUCUGCAUACUUUAUCUUUAAUAAUUUAAUAAUAAAUGUUUUGCAAUGUACGCGUGUCUUUAUCCCUUAUCUACAUGUAAUGCAAUGGAAUAUUCAAUAAAACAACAAUAAUAAUACCAAUCUUGGGAUAUCCACUUCCCUCACUGUAUUGCACUCUUAACACUUUGUGUUUAAAUUUUUUAUUGCUUAUAGGCUAAUUUACAGUGCACGGUAGGAAUUUAAUAUUUUGGCUUCC